AUGGUCUUCGCCUCCCUCGUCGCCGGCGCAAAGCGCUUUGCCCUCGGCACCGGCGGCGCGACGCCUAUGCUCGACCUCUUCCCCAAAACGGACCCCGCCGUCGACGGUGACGAGUGCUCCCACGACUGCGAGAGCUGCCAUAUCAAGUACCCGCGCGGCUUCAAGAUUGAGACAGAGGACGCCCUCUACGGCGUGCAAAAGGGCUUCAGCACCCACCUCCUCGUCGCCACCGGCAAGACCGACUGGGUUCGCGAGAUUGAGGACGAGAAGGGCAGCGUCAUGGAGGCCAUUGGCAAGGCUGCGGCGCCAAGUAACGGGGUAUGCUUCCCUGCCUCACACAUUCCCUCCCGACUCCUUCCAAAGUCCACUGUGAACAGCGUCUUGGGCACCAUGCUAACGACCCAGAAACUCAUGCUCUCCGCCACAAACAUGCCCACGCCCCACGGCACCAGCGACUACGACCACCCCACCACCGUCCUGCUGCUGCCCGCCUUCACCAUCAUCGAGAACGUCACACCGGCCAACGUUCCCGCCCUGCUGACCGAGUUUGUCGAAAAGGCGCCCACCAAUACGUCGCCCCUGGAACCCCUGACCCUGCCGCGCUCCCUGCCGGCGCCCGACAGCACCGACGCCCAGGUCGCCGCCCUUGUCCGCCGCCCGAGCCCCCACAGCGCCCUCGUCCUGCUGUGCUCGCAAAAGACGCGCGACGCCCGCUGCGGCCAGUCGGCGCCCCUCAUCCGCAAGGAGCUCGAGAGACACCUGCGGCCCCUCGGCCUCGCGCGCGACCUCGACGACCACAGGCCCGGCGGCGUCGGCAUCUACUUCAUCUCCCACGUCGGCGGCCACAAGUACAGCGCCAACGUUAUCGUCUACCGCAAGCCCGACGCUUUCGGCCUCGAUUCCGUCCAGAGGGCUACGGCUGGGGGUGACGUCAGGCCAAAGGUGGUGGCCGCCGCGGCGAAUGGCGCUGCCGAGACGGAAGAGGAGGCAGAGGGAGACGUCGGUGUCGGGCAGUGCAUCUGGCUUGCGCGCAUCAUGCCCGAGGACUGCGAGAACCUUGUUCGGUAUACGAUUUUGCAGGGCAAGGUCGUCAAGCCGGAAACGCAGCUGCGGGGCGGCUUUGACCGUGGGAGGGGCGUCAUGAGCUGGUGA